UCUAAGCCUCUGUCGCUUAAGGGACGCUGAAGUGAUUGGGAACAUUAGCAGCAGGGGUUCCAUAGAGUCAGGGAGGGGAAGCCGGCUUGGGGCUUCCUCCAGGCUGCAGAACCUCCAGGUCGGGCCACGUCAUUGAGGCUGCAGGAUCUCCCUUCACAGCCCAGCACACCUCUCUGGACUGUCCCUGGUUAGAGAAUCCAAACACCUAUACAGCUUCUGGCUCCUAGGAAAAGUGGAGUUGUCAGUAAGAGAGACCAAGAGUAGAAGCCCAGAGUGGAGAUGCCUGCUGAUGUGAAUUUUUCCCAAAAGCCUCAGGUCUUGGGUCCAGAGGACCAGGAUGGAUCUUUUGAGGCAUCAGUGUCAUUUGAGGACGUGACCAUGGACUUCAGCAGAGAGGAGUGGCAACAGUUGGACCCUGCCCAGAAGCGCCUGUACCAGGACGUGAUGCUGGAGCUCUAUAGCCACCUCUUCUCAGUGGGGUAUCAGAUUCCCAACCCAGAUGUCAUCUUCAGAAGGCUAAAAGAAAAGGAGCCUUGUAUGGAGGAGGCUGAACUCUCACAUCAGAAGUGUCAAGAAGGGGAGUUUGGGCUUGAAAUCCCACAACAGAUUUCUAAGAAAGCGUCAUUUCAAAAGGAUAUGGUAGGUGAGUCCACAACAAAUGGUUCGUGGUAUUCCAUUUUAGAAGAACAGAGGCUGGGUGCUGACCAUAGAAAGCGAGAUGAGCAAAAUCAAAUUCAACCCACGAGUCACAGCGCUUUCUUCAACAAGAAAACAUUAAACACAGAAAGCAAUCGUGAAUAUAAGGACCGAGGGAAAAUGGUUCACACGAAGCCCCACCUUGUUUCUUCACAAAAACCACCUCAGAAAUGUUGCCUAUUUACAACAAGUUUGAAGCUGAACCUAGAAGUGAAUGGUCAGAAUGAAAACAAUGACACAAAACAACUUAAUGAAGUUGUUGGAUCUGGUCAGCUAUUCAGUCACAGCUCUUCUGAUGCUUGCAAUACAGGAGAGACAUUUUGCAAAGGUAAUCAGUGUAGAAAAGUCUGUGGCUAUAAACAGUCACUCACACAACAUCAAAUUCAUACUCAGAAGAAACAAGAUGGAUGUUCUGAAUGUGGGAAGAAAUUCACCCAGAAGUCACACCUCUUUGCCCAGCAGAGAAUUCAUAGUGUAGGAAACUUCCAUGAAUGUGGCAAAUGUGGAAAAGCCUUCACCCCACAAGUAAAACUCAGUGUAUAUCUGACAGAUCAUACAGGUGAUAUACCCUAUAUAUGCAAAGAAUGUGGGAAGGUCUUUAUUCAGAGAUCAGAAUUGGUUACACACCAGAAAACUCACACUAGAAAGAAGCCCUAUAAAUGCCAUGACUGUGGAAAAGCCUUUUUCCAGAUGUUAUCUCUCUUCAGACAUCAGAGAACUCACAGUAGAGAAAAACUCUAUGAAUGCAGUGAAUGUGGCAAAAGCUUCUCCCAAAACUCAACCCUCAUUAUACAUCAGAAAAUUCAUACUGGUGAGAGACAGUAUGCAUGCAGUGACUGUGGGAAAGCCUUUACCCAGAAGUCAACACUCAGCUUGCACCAGAGAAUCCACUCAGGGCAGAAGUCCUACAUGUGUAUUGAAUGCGGGCAGGCCUUCAUCCAGAAGGCACACCUGACUGUCCAUCAAAGAAGCCACACAGGAGAAAAACCUUAUCAGUGCCACAACUGUGGAAAAUCCUUCAUUUCCAAGUCACAACUUGAUAUACAUCAUCGAAUUCAUACAGGGGAGAAACCUUAUGAAUGCAGUGACUGUGGAAAAACCUUCACCCAAAAGUCACACCUGAAUAUACACCAGAAAAUUCAUACUGGAGAAAGACACCAUGUAUGUGGUGAAUGUGGCAAAGCCUUCAAUCAGAAGUCAAUACUCAACAUGCAUCAGAGAAUUCACACCGGAGAGAAGCCUUACAAAUGCAGCGAAUGUGGAAAAGCCUUCACUUCUAAGUCGCAAUUCAAAGAGCAUCAGCGAAUCCACACAGGAGAGAAACCCUAUGUGUGCACCGAUUGCGGGAAGGCCUUCAAUGGCAGGUCAAAUUUCCAUAAACAUCAAAUAACUCACACUAGGUAGAGACCUUUUGUCUGCUACAAAUGUGGGAAGGCUGUUCUCCAGAAAUCAGAAUUGAUUACCCAUCAAAGAACUCAACAUUGGAGAGAAACCUUAUGAAUGCCCUGACUGUGGGAAAUUGAUCAGUAGGAAACCACAACUCAAGGUGCAUCAGCGAAUUCACACAGGAGAAAGACCUUACGUGUGUUCUCAAUGUGGAAAGGCCUUCAACAACAGAUCAAAUUUCAAUAAACAUCAAACAACUCAUACCAGAGACAAAUCUUACAAAUGCAGUUAUUCUGUGAAGGGCUUUACCAAGAAAUGAAUUCCUAGUUCAUCAGCAUAUUCAUAAAUAUACUCCCUAAGUUUCUUGAAUAAGAGAAAAUCUCAGAAUUGGGUCUAAUUGUAUGUUACUGAAUUCAUGCUUCAGAAAAACUCUAGGAAUGCACUGCAUGUGUGAACACAUGACAAACUCACACUUUAUUUUAUGUGAGAGAAAUUACUGAAAAAAUAAUAAGCAGAAAUGUCCUUCUUAGCACUGGCCUCAUUAAGGAUUAUAAAUUUUCAUCCUGAGAAGAAACCCGGACUAAUGCAUUGAGAAAAGCCUUUCUGUAAAGAAUGGUACAAGCAGGUUGUUACCAGAAGUAAAGUUUGCAGGAAAUUAUAUUAAUAAUAACCCUGUUUAUUGUGGGAUAUCAAUAGUUCUAAAGUGCCAACAGCGUAAUAACAGGACAAUAUUAUGUGUGUGUGUGCUUCAUGUAUAUAACCAUAUAUAUCAUAUACCCCUUCUCCAAAAUGCCUGGGGUCAGAAGCAUUCAGAUACUUACAGAUUUUGGAAUAUUUGCAUUAUAUUUAUUGGUUGAGCAUCCCUGAUCUGAAA